AUGUCUAUUAAUAUAGAAGAAAUAUUUCAAAUUUUUCACGAGUGUCAUUCGAACAAUGGUAAACGUGAAGAAACGUUAGAUAAGGUUGAAACUAAUUCUAUAGAAAAUGUGAAAAGUGACAUUGAGACAUUACUGUCAGAUAUACGAUGUAAUAUAGGAAGCGUCGAAUAUGCAAAUCUUCAUAAAAUGCUGGCAUUUUCUUAUUUAAAGAUUGGUGAUGAACUUAAAGCUAUAUGUCACUUAAUUGAGUCACAUGCUGUGAUACUUCGUCAACAAAUAUUGCAUAGAUCUGUGAAAACAGAAAUGCGUGAAUCAAUUUUAAAUACACAACAAACUUAUGGACUUAAAUCCUCUUAUGUUGGAUUCAAUAUAAAUGACACAAAUAGCAUUGAUAAUUUAAAAACAAAACUUUUUGAUUUGCCCAAAGAAUGGUACAUGAUUCAAAUUACCAGUCAGUACAAGUCUCCAAAUAUUUCUGAAUAUAGCAAAACUACAUCAGAUGCAAUGCAUGAGAUACAUAUUACCAUACUACCAACAGGAGCUGAAGAAAUGGAACCUUUGUGUAUAACAUUACCAAAACCUAAGUUACAAUCUUCAUAUGAUAUUUGUUAUGAAAUUCAAAAGUUACUUUCUAAUAAUAGGUCAGAACUUGAAGCUACUUACACAAAUAAUGAAUUAUAUUGGAAAAUGAGAGAAAGGCAAAAUAUAAGUAUGAAGACUGCUAUUCAAGCAUUAGAAUAUACAUGGCUGCGAGAGUGGAGAGUCUUAUUUAUGGCAGAUCCAAUAAACAAAUAUGAUUUAACAGCAAAUAUUGUACAAAUGAUUGAGAAACUAAUAUCUGAUGACAAAAAAUCACGAAACAUAUCAAAGAGAUCUAAAUGGUUGUUAAAAAAAGUAGCACUAGCAGCAUGUUUUCUUACAAGAGAAGAAAUAGCACGUGCUGUAAAGUAUGUACUUUCUGAUAAUGACAAACUUGCAGACAAUAUAAUAUUGUCCAUACUUGGAAAACUGCCUUGUAUAGAAGAAUUAAAAGAAGCAACUAGAAAAACAUUAGUUUUGAUCAUUGAUGAACAUAUGGACUAUAUACCUUUUGAAUCUAUGGAAAUUUUAAAGUGCCAUCCAAUUACUCGUUUUCCAUCACUGCAUAUUGCAUAUGCUUUAUUUAAAGAACAUGAAAAUACAAUGGAGAAAGGCUGUAAAAUAAUUAGAACAAGAAAAGAUAUGGGCACAUGUAUAGUUAAUCCUUCGGGUAACUUAGCUAAAAUGGAAAAACGUAUGAGAUUGUUUAUUGAAUAUUGGUUGCCACAUUGGAGAAGUUGGUACAAUGUUGAACCACAAGAAGAAGCUUUCGAAGAUGCAUUAGUUAAUCGUGAUAUAUUAAUGUAUAAUGGUCAUGGCAAUGGAAUACAAUAUUUACCAGGAGAACAAAUUGAAAGACUUAGAGUGAAAUCAAUUGUUUUACUGUUUGGUUGUAGUAGCGUAAAAUUGCUUACAGUAGGAGGACGUUAUCCACCAUAUGGAGUCUCAAACCAGUAUUUAAUAGCUAGCAGUCCUUGCGUACUCGGUAUGUUAUGGGAAGUUACAGAUGCUGAUAUUGAUAGAAUGACGACAAAUUUCAUUAGUAAUUGGAUUCCAUCGCCAAUAAAUAGAUCGUGGGCAGAUGUCGAUAUUAAUAUGUGGUGUGCGGGUACUUUAAAAUUUCUCAAAAAUCCACAGAAAGGCACUGAAAAUGUGCCUAUAGAACCUGAGAUGUUAAGAGCAGUAGCAAAAUCCAAAGAUGUCUGUUCUCAGUAUAUGACCGCGGCUGCAAUAGUAGUACGAGGACUACCAAUAAAGCUCAUUUGAAUUGUAAAUGUAAAAAUGAUACAAA